AUGCCUUCCGGCCGCAGGUCUGGCCGCCUCAAGGGUCCUAGGGCGGUAUACGUUGAUGAUCCAUUUAAGGCAGCUGGGAUCAGUGAUGAUGAGGACUCUGCUGAGCAGGAGAUUCCUGGCAAGGGGAAAAAGAAGCGCGCCCCGACAGAAGAUUCAGCCUCAGAUAAUGAAUUUGUCGCUGGGUCAGGCGAUGAAGCCGACGAGGGCAUUGAGGAAGAAGAUGAGCCUGAAGAGGGACUAGAAGAGGAAUUCGGAUCAGAAGCCGAUGCCUCCGACCCUGAAGAAAUGGAGCUCGACGGCAUCGAGGAUACUCGGAAAGAGCGUUCGAUGUCGUACCAACAAGAUGCGAGUGUUAGGAAGAGAAGAGCCGAUGGAACAGUUGUACCAUCCGCCGAAGAGACACAUACUCGUGGUAUCAUCGAACCCAGAGAUCACUUGUCCAAAGGCACCUAUUACACUCUCACGUUCGGUUCUGACGAUCGAGAUUUGAUGCCAGCCGUCCACUUCCGAAUGCGAUGGAACAAGGGUGUAGAUGCGGUUUUUCCAUCUCGCUACACAUUAGAGGAGACGGAGAAGAAGCCUGAAUAUCUAUACGGGCCCACGUUUGGGGUUCACCCAGAUGAUGUUCUGAAAGAAAGCACCCGCGGGUGGGACUGGUAUUAUGAUGGGGACAUUGGUGAGAGGUUCCGGAAAAGACAGCGCAUUGAGACGAUUGAAGAGUCAAUGGCGUUCGAAAAUUACCUACCCAAACCAGAUGCGCGAAAACAUGGCAUUUUACUAGGACCCCAUGAUAAUCAACAACUCUUCGAGCUGGGAUAUCAUGAGUCUUUUGACUUUGGAAAAGCCUGGGAAAGUCCAAACUCCAAAAAAGACUCAUCAGGAGCUGAGAUCAAAAGGAUUCGAGAAGGUUGGAUAUUAAACAUCGGCCACAAGGCACAUUGCAUGGCUUGGGCUCCAAACCAGGAUGGUCUGACUCAGUAUCUUGCUGUGGCGGCGCCGAUUACAGAAGAUCAGAAAAGCCAGUACAAAUCCGAAGAUAGUGAGCCUCUCUCAUCGUUUCAACCCUCGGAGCCUUUCCCUAGCGCCUUACAGAUUUGGGAGUUUAAGGGCAAACCGAGUGAAACUCUUACAAUGGCUCUCGAUAUGGACUCCAAACCCCGCCUUCGGCAAGUUUUGUGUGCUGACUGGGGGGACCUGAGACGCAUGGUAUGGUGUACUUUGCCCCGGACCGAACGGGUGGAGGACAAAGAAGAGGAAAAAGAAUCCAUUGGUUUACUCGCAACAGUUUGGGGGGAUGGAUAUGUGAGAGUUUUGGAUAUUAAAACAGGUAGAGGGUCACAAGAAACAGAAUUUCUCAAAAUCAAAUCCCCUGCGUUUGAGGCAAGACCGCCAUCAACAGUCUGCACAUGUGUCACUUGGCUAUCCCCUAGUGAUAUUGCAGUGGGCUGCGGUAACGGCUUUGUGGCUCUCUGGAACAUCGAACCUUCCUCCAUUCAUCACGAUUUCCAUGGAUGGCGAAACGAGGAUGUGGUCGGUCCUCGAUCCAACCAGCGAAAUGGCAUCGACGGGCCGCAUGCGAGGAGCCUCCCCUUCAUCAGCUAUUCUCCCAUCUGCCAGUCCGUUGUUGCCGGGGAUGAAAACGAAUUCGCUCGCGUAAUUCCAAUUCGACGGUUUUUUACCACUACCACCAUUGCGCGGCUCAGCAGCACCAUCUCGGCUAUGGCGCAAUGCAGUUUUCAUCACCCCUGUGCCCUGUUUGGCAGUGCCGCAGGCGAGGUCGUAGGAACGAAUCCCUUCCGACGAGUUGUUUACAACAAGGAGCAAAUUUGGCAGCAAAUAUGGUUCACACAUGAAUGGAUUCCUACUUCCAAGACGAACACUAUGGGCACAAGUCGAUUUCAUGACGGAUACCGGGCAGAGAACCAGAAGUUGGCAAAGUACAAGCUUUUUGAGACCAACCCCAUCAAUGGGAUGGGGACCUCGACGAUUUACGAAGAAAAUACCCACGUCACAGCCCUCGGGUGGAACUCCAACCGCCCUUGCGCAGCCUGGGCCAGCGCUGCGCUGGGGUGUGGAUUGCUGAGAGUGGAAGAUCUUGCCAUCUAG